CCUGCCGCUUCCCUGAAAUCCACUCAACCAUGAUCGCCGUCCUGUGCCUCCUAGCCGCUCUCCUUGGCAAUGCCAUGGCCGUAUACGUCCCGUCGUACGGCGUGCCGGUGGCCGGCUACCCCGGCGUGCCAGCUGUAACGAGUGUGCAUGCCGCCCCCGUUGCCGCACUCCAGACCAUCCACCAGGCCGCGCCAGUGAGUCCCACUGUCCACAACGUGGCUACCCCGUACGGCUACCGCACAACCGGCGUAAGCUACAGCCACAGAGUUGACGCCCGCCCAGUGCGCGCAGGCUACGCGUACGGCCUCACGCCUUACGGCCUCGACUACGGAUACGGACUUGGCUCCUAUGGAUACCCCACUGUACUCAAGAAAUGAGACAAGAUAAAGCAUUGAAGUGUGUUUCUUCUUCAAAGUGAUCCGAAAAACGACUGCAGCGAGACACCAUGAGGAGUACGGUGCCUUAAGAAAUAUGUCGCGUGACACUUUUCCACCCUGAAAAAGAAAUAAACACCUGCAACCAA